AUGGCUCUUGAACUGCAACACCAGGGGACGGACCCCCUCCCCCUACACCCGACUUCCAAGGACAGCUACCCGCACCAGCCUAGGACGUCUUCGCUCAGCGCUCUGCCAAACGUUGCCACUAUCACUGCCGUCAGCAGCGAACGGAGGUCCCAUAGUCUGGCCUACCCCGUGGUUAAGCCUUGCUUCAUCCCGCCAGCGCGUCCUGCCUCGUCUGGGCUCUCUGGUCCGAUUCGACGAAAGCCUGUAGCCAGCACAGCCUCAUUGGUUGAGCAACUCCCGGUCGUGUCCCAGGAACACCAGCCUAUCAAGGAAGAGGACGAGGACUACGUUGAAGAAGAGGAAGAACAAGCAGAAGAUUACGAGUAUUACGAAGGAGACGAAGCAGACGAAGCAGACUACGACAGUCACGACGAGCUGCACUUUUUGGAUAGCAUCGCCGACCUAGACGGUCUUCAAAAUCUAGGGAAUCUAGACCAUCUGGGCGUCUUCGACGAGCUGCCCCGGCCUGAUCAGAGAUUUACGCGCUCGUACUCCAUCGACAGCCCGACGCUGUACGAAUUUCCAGGCCAAUCACACAGGACUCACGACGGAUUGUCAUUGCCGCCUUUGCCGCCUUUGCUGGUGCCGUCCUCCUUGUCUGUUUCGAAAAAGCCAGGCGACGUUGACAAAGAAUCUCCGACCGCCAUUCCGGAUUCGGGCUAUCCCCAAUCCCAGGACGCCGACUUUGAAGAAGCUGCCGCCCUGACCUCCCGAAACAGUCUGUCCUUUACCCCUGCACCCCCUCAAACAGGUACAGCCGACGUUUCGGCACACCAUGAUAACGGUCUCGUCACGAACACAGCCCGUGACCAGAUCGACGUAAGACACUCAUUUGAAGAGGACGAGGAACGAGAAGAGCCCAGACUGCAGCAGGAGCAGAUCAAAGAACCGGAAGAAGACCAAAGAGAGCCCAGCCCUACCAUGUCCCUUUUCUCACGUAAGCCACCUCAUCUCAGUUUGGGAACGAUUAGCAGCAACCACAGCGACAAAGACAUCAAAGACGCGCAAAAAUCACCCUCUGGCGAUUCUCGGUACUCUACGUACCAGGACGAGCAAAGCCCUGUUUCUUUCUCUCGCCAGUCAAUCAAGUCAUUGACCCCGACCAUCAAGCAGAGGCCCAACACCCUCAAGCCGCUGCCCAAGUCGCCGGGCUCGUCCAAGCUCGGCAAUUUCUUUGGCUGGGCACCCUCGCCAUCGACGACCGAAUUCUCUGACCAAGAAUUCUCUCCGCUCUCUUCUCCCUACGCACUGCAAGCACCAGGCACCGUCGGCACUCAUGCCUCCAUCUUGUCUACAGCAGGAACCAGCAUCACAUCCGUCUCCUCACAAGGCAGCGACUACAAGAACGGCGAGACGCAUGCCGUCAGAGACGACCUACAGACACCAGCGAUCAUUGCAUCACAACCACAGCAUUUACUGUCAUCGCUGUCAUCAUCCAACGAGAUCGAAGAGAUGGAGGAAGAGCUGAAGGCCAUCAGCGCCGAGCUGGCUUCGUCCAUCCGGCGAGAGAUAGACCUAGAAGACCUUGUGGACAGGUUGCAGACAGAGAUCAGCAACCCACAGGCACCGGGGAAGCGCACGAGCGACUACUAUUCCGACUCCGGCUACAGCUCCAGCCGGGCGAUCAGCGACUACGAUGCCGCAAAAGAGGAAAUCGCACAGGUGCAGCGCCGUGCCGAGCAGGAAAAGGCGCAGGUGCGGCUCGAGCUGACCCAGAAGCUGUCUGACGAGCGGACGCGCCGCACGUAUCUGGACCAGCAGAUCAAGGAGCUCAGCGAGCGGGCUACAACUCUGGAUCUCGCCCAGACCCAGCGCAGCAACGAGGAAGUCAGCGGUCGCGUCAAGCAGCUAGAAGGCGCCUGUGAAGACCUAAGGCGUCGCCUGGCGGAGGAGCGGAACGUCAAGGAGAACUUUGAGGACUUGCUGUCGGCCAUGAAGGGCGAGCUCCAGAGCGCCACCAACGAGCGCGACAACCUGCGCGAUGAGGUGGUCCCACAGCUGCGUGCCCGCGUAGAGGGUCUCGAGACGCAAGCUGCCGAACUGGCACGUCAAGCCUACGAGACCAGCAAGAUGCAGCAGGAGCUGCAGACGCUCAAGGAAGAGAACUCGAAUCUGCGGGCCAUCAGUACCAGCCUAGCUGCAGCCGAAGAAGGCGAGCAGCAGGACGGAGUUUUCAAGCUGCAGCGGGCGCCGGCAGGACUGUCUCGGUCGAACACGCUGUCCCGAUCCAACACGCUUUCGCGGUCCAACACGGUGAAGCGGCAGCAGCAGCAGCAAGGCCAGGGCGCGGCAGCCCCGACAAGCACGAUCAACGAGUCGCGCGAAGUACUGGCCGAGCGGCUCCGAGAUGUGGAGGCGCAGCGCGAUGCAUUGCACAACGCGCUGAAGAAUCUGCUGGAGCGCCAAGACUUCCAAAAUCGUGAAAGCAGCAAAAAGGUGCGGAUACUGGAGAUGGAGCGCGACCGACUGUUGACGGCGUCUCCCAAGAAGGCCGGAUACGAGCGUGAGGUGGCAUCGCUGCGCGAGGAGGUCAGCAUGCUACGGCGCCGCGCAGAAGAUGCGUUGGAGCAAAAGUGGCAGGUGGAGAAGGGCCUGGGCGGUCUGAAGAUGGAUCUGGACCGCGCCGAGGAGGAGAUUGCAAGCCUGCGCAAGAUGCUGCAGCAGAGCGACAUCCUGAUCACGCCCUCCAGCCGCGUGGUGUCUAUGGCAUCGGGCGACUUGGACGCGAAUGCCACACCUUCGGGACCAGCAACGUCGGCUUCGCUGGAGGCAGCGUAUCGGAACCUGCAGACAUACUACAACGAGGCGCUAGAGCGUAUCCGGGCGCUGGAGAUCUCGGCGUCCGACGGCACGAUCGUUGCGGCCAUGGCAGACGAGAAGACGGCGAUGGCCAUUCGGCGUCUGGAGCAGGCACUAGCCGGAGCCGUGGCAGACCGAGAUGCAGCCCAGAGCCAGUUGGCGGAUGCGGCGGCUGCGGAGGCUUCGCUGAUGGCGAGCGAGCGCAAUCUGGCGGAGCAGCUGGACGCUUCAGCAGAGCGGGUGACAGAUUUGGCACAGCAGGUGCAGGAACAGCUCUCGACCAACGCGCUGCUGCGCGAGCGGCUGACAACGAUGGUGGCUCGACGAGAGUCGGAGCAGCGAUUCAACAAGGAGCGCAUUGUUGGUCUGGAGGCACGGCUGCGCACGCUCGAGGAGCAGCUGGUGGCGACGCAGACGGCAGCGGAAGACGGCGUGUCGCGGCACGAGGAGCAGGUGGCAGCGCUGCGGGAGGCACACUCGUCGCAGCUGCAGCGGCUGCGCGACGCGUCAGGCCAAUUACGGGCGCCACCAUCGUCGCCGCGAGCCGGAGCUGGACUGGUAUCACCGCGAUUCUUCGCGGGUAACGGCGGGUUGAAGUCGCCGUUGUCGCCGAUGUUUGCCAUCAACGGACGGCUGGUGCCAUCACGGCCGAGCAGCCGGAACAGCAUUUCCGGUGCAGGGACGGGAUCGGGCGGACGAGCAUCGCCGACGGUCGAGGCCGACCAGCAGAUGCAGGUGUCGACUCUGCGGGCACGCGUGGGCGAGCUGGAGGGAGCGCUGGCGUCGGCCGACAGCGAGCUGCAGGAGGUGGUGGGUCGGAUGAACACGGCCCAGAUCGAGGUGCUGCAGCUGCAGGAAGAGCGGGAGCAGGCUGCUCGGGAGACGCGGAAGUUGCAGCAGCUGCUGGAGGCCGAGCAGAUCAAGCACUUUGAGGAGCGGUUCCGGUCGUUGGGAAGGAUCUCCACGAUGGCAUAA